AUAUGGGUUAGGAGAAACUAGCUGCAUUGCUACUAUAUAGAUAAUUAUUUAAGUCCUUAGGAAAUAGAUUGUCAAGAGAUUAAUUGAGAAAAUAUUAUCAAUACACUGUUUAAGCUAGAGUUCAUGGUGAAAAUCAAUAAAUUUUGAAAAACUUAGAAAUUUAUUUGAAAGCAAUCAAAAUUCAAAAUUAAAUAAUGGAUGCUGAAAAUAUAGGCAAACCUAAAGAUUAUAAGGCAGAUAUAUAGAAGGUUGCUAAUUAUGUUGGAUUAAGAAUGCCAGAAACCCAUUAAUAAUAAGAGUGA